AUGGCAGUCUUGAGGAGCUUGUUCUUGCUGCAAGGCAUUUUCACAGGCAUCUUUGCAGCGUCCUUUGUACAACAAGCCACGGAAGAUGCCUCUACUUCCGACUAUACCUGCACCGCGACUAGAGGCUGUGACAUUGGCUGCUGCGGGCCUUUAAAUGCAACGGGCGGCGGUGUGUGCGGCGCCGGCCCGGAUUACUGUGGCGACAAGUGCACGUCGCAGUGCUCGUGGAAGAGCGAGUGCGACCCGGGCUGGGGCCUGCAGUGGUCCAACGCGUCGACCUGUCCGCUCAACGUCUGCUGCAGCAAGUAUGGCUUCUGCGGCACCACGUCUGACUUUUGUGGCAGCGCCGUCGUGUCUUCGCCCCAAUGCUCCGGAAACAAAGUUCUGACGGCCGGACGAUUGGCUACUACGAGGGCUGGAACGGCCAGCGUGCAUGUGGCAGUAACCAUGUCGGCCAGCCAGAUUCCCCUCGGUUAUUAUACACACAUCAACUUUGCCUUUGCCCUGAUCGACCCGACCACGUUCCACGUCGUGGCCAUGGACUCGGAUACGGCCAGCCACUACGACGCGGUGACUGCGCUCAAGGCCGAGCAGCCCGGCCUGGAGGUCUGGAUCGCCGUUGGCGGUUGGGCCAUGAACGACCCGGGUGCGUACCGGACGGCCUUUUCCGACGUGGCCAAGUCCGAGACCAACCAGGAUGCCUUUUUCGAGUCCCUCAUCAUGUUCAUGCUGACACACGGCUUUGAUGGCGUGGACAUUGACUGGGAGUAUCCCGUGGCCGACGACCGCGGCGGAACCGAGGCUGACUUUGACAACUACGUCAACAUGCUCAAGCGCCUCCGGACUCGGAUGAACGGCAGCGGCCAUCAGUUUGGUCUGAGCAUCACGCUUCCCUCCUCAUACUGGUAUUUGCGCGGCUUCGACAUUGUCAACCUAGAGCCUUACGUGGACUGGUUCAACAUGAUGACAUACGACAUACACGGUGUCUGGGACAGCACGGUCCAGUCCAUCGGCUCGUUUGCGUAUGCCCACACCAACCUGACUGAGAUCAGCACCGGCCUCGAGCUGCUGUGGCGCAACAACAUCAACCCAGAGCGCGUCAAUAUGGGCCUUGGUUUCUAUGGUCGAAGCUUCACCAUGGCCGACCCCAGCUGCAUGACGGCCGGCUGUCCCUUUACGUCUGGAGCCAACGGCGGUGAGUGCACUGGUACUCCCGGCGUGCUGUCGGCCGCGGAGAUCGUCAAGAUCAUUGCUGCCGGGGCCACGGUGACGUUCGACCCGGUGGCUGCCGUCAAGAUCGUCACCUGGGACACGAACCAGUGGGUCAGCUGGGACGAUGCCGAGACGCUGAAGCUUAAACAGAACUUUGCCAACGAGCGUUGUCUAGGAGGGUACGUUGUCCUGUUUGAGGGAAGGCCGCGCAUCAGGAAUAAGCUAACGAGACAGAACGAUGGUGUGGGCGAUUGA